GUUACUUAACCAAACACGGCGUCUAUAAAUGAGAAGGAGGGAAGACGGUGCACACAUCUGAAGCUGGGAUUGGUGUGCGUCUGCGGCUCAGGAUGGAGACGGUCUGGUGGAAACUAACCCUGGCUCUGCUGAUGCUGGCGGUCAGCACGCUUGCAAAAGCCCCGCGGUCCUGCCACAUGGAGGACUUCAUCCAGGCAGUGAAGCAGGUGGAGGACGAGGAGUCUGGGUCUGGGUCGGAGCCGGCUGCCGUGUUGAGGAGGCUGCGCAGGGCGGCCGGCCUCAACGAUGCCUUCAUCCAGCACUUCCUCCCCGACGCUGCCCUCAGCCCUGACCUGGACGCUGACCUCCUAGGCUACGUCCGCACGGCCGUGCCCCACGGGCUGCUGGGAGAAACCCAGGAACAGGGGGUGGUCCUGACCCCCGACGGCACCACCGUGGCCCUGCAGCCUCUCCUCCUGGGCAUGGAGGCCAGGCUGCUCUCCCGGACCCCGGGUCGCCCUCGGGGCCUCUACCAGCUCACUCUGGCCAGAGAUCUGGGUGCCGCCCUGAGGCCCGGCUCUGCUGACGCGGGACGCUUCGGGCCCGACGGCUGCUGGGACAGUCUAACGUCUCCCCGGGUCUUCACCCUCUCGGGUCCGGCGUCUCCUUUCACCACGGCUCAGGCCAACGGAGCCAUGGACGGGGUGGUGCUGGGGGCCGAGGCCUCGGGCCGGCCCGCCGGGCCACUCCGGCUCAGCAGCCUGCUGACCCAGUACUACUGCCGGGGGCUGGACGCCCGGGGGCUGGACGGAGCCCCGAGGCUAAUCAGCCGGCGCCGCAGGGAGAUCUUCCGAGGGAUGAUCCUCCCCCCGGCGCUGGCCAGACAGGUGUGGAGGGCCACGGACCUGCAGGAGAGGCUGGCGGGGCGGCCCAGGACGCAGGGGGGGAAGAAGAAGCAGCUGAUGGUGGUGAAGGAAGGACUGAGGGAGUUCGUGCAUAUGUUCAUGGAUUGCCCGCCCAUCAUCCCCCGCUGCGUGUGGGGUGCAGAGCCCUACAGAGGGACGCCCACCAAACUGUCCCUGCCGCUGUCCUUCCUGUUCAUCCACCACACAUCCACGCCCAGCCAGCCCUGCCUGACCCUCCAGCAGUGCUCGGCAGACAUGCGCUCCAUGCAGCGCUUCCACCAGGACGACCGAGGCUGGGACGACAUCGGAUACAGCUUCGUGGCCGGCUCCGACGGACACAUCUACGAAGGCCGGGGGUGGCACUGGCAGGGGGCCCACACCCUGGGACACAACGCCGUGGGCUUCGGCGUCUCCUUCAUCGGGGACUACAACGCCAGCCUGCCGACUCAGCACGCCAUGGAGCUGGUGAGGGAGCGACUGGCGUCCUGCGCCGUGGGCGGAGGCCGACUGGUGUCCAACUUCACCCUGCAGGGCCACAGGCAGGUGGUGAACACGGCCUGUCCUGGAGACGCUCUCUACAGGGAGAUCCAGGGGUGGGAGCACUUCGGAGAGGUCCAGAAAUGAAAAGGAUCCACUUCACAAGACGAGCUCUGGCUGAACGGAAACUGUGUAAUAAAUGUGUCUCUUGAUCUCAGGUGCUUUUCAUUCAAUAAGUCUUCUCUGUGACUUCAAUGUUCAGGUUUGCCACUGAACAUUUGGAUUUUCUGUACAGGAAUAUUUUUUUAAAUGGUAAAGCAAUAAAAUGUCAAUUUGGGCCUUUAGAGUAACUACUAUUUGACUACAAGCAGAUGACUAUUUUUGCUCACAAAAAAAGAAAUCAGCUUCUAGAUUCAACUAUUAAAAUCUAGGCUUUGACCCGACUCUUGACCCCCUCGCCCCUUUUUGGAGCCAUUUUUGGGUGGACUUACAGCUAUUAUCAGGAUCAUUAUUCUGUUAAAGAAGCCACAUAUGGUUAGUGUUUUUUUUUAACUUUGGGACCUCUUCUUCCGCCUCCCUAUAUGCCGUCAUAUAUCAGUGACAGCGAGCUGUGCAUUUCCUGACGCAGCAAUGCAACUCCAGACCAUGAGACCGCCACCACCGUGCUUCAGAGUUACUAAUGGUCUCCUUGUAAAAUGCUGCAAACUGAUUUUCUGAUAAAUGUCUGAUUCAUCAAA